GCCCAAGGCCCCAUCCAACCCCUCCCGGAGGCCCCCUUCGGUCCUAUUUCCUCUCUCGCGGUUGAGCUUUGUAGAGAGGAGUUUCUGGCCCAGGCGGUCUGCGGCUUGUCUACGGCAUCUUCGGGUUAGCUGACCUCCGCACCGCCUCGGCCUGCAUCCUGCUGUCUGCACCACCAGGACUAAGAGCAACCCAGCUCGGAGCCAAAACGGUCACUGAGUUUCCCAUCAUUCCUCCCACAAGCAUGGUGUUCAGCUUGAGUGAGUGGCUGUGGCAGGAGACAUACUGGUUACCACCCAAUGUCACGUGGGCACAGCUGGAAGACCGGGAUGGCCUGGUGUUUGCCCACCCUCACCACGUGCUUGCUGCCUUGCCAGUGGCUCUGGUCUUGGUGGCUGUACGCAUCGUCUUUGAGAGAUUUGUGGCCUUGCCCCUGAGCCGGUGGAUGGGUAUUCAGGAUCCAAUCAGGAGAAAGAUAAAGCCCAACCCGGUGCUGGAAAAAUACUUCCUCAGGAUGAAGCAGAGUCCAGUGGAGACCCAGAUGGUCCUCCUGGCUUCUCAGUGUGGACUCACGCUGCGGCAGACUCAACGCUGGUUCAGGAGACGUCGGAACCAGGAUCGGCCUUGCCCGUCCAAGAAAUUCUGUGAAGCCAGCUGGAGGUUUGUCUUCUACCUGUGUUCCUUCAUGGGUGGCAUCUCUGUCCUCUACCAUGAGUCAUGGUUGUGGACACCGGCAUUGUGCUGGGAGAAUUACCCACGUCAGACCCUGAAUUUGGCCCUGUCCUGGUGGUACCUCCUGGAGCUGGGCUUCUACAUUUCACUGCUAAUCACUCUGCCCUUUGACAUCAAACGCAAGGACUUCAAGGAGCAGGUGUUGCACCACUUCGUGACUGUGGGACUGAUAGUCUUCUCCUACAGCGUCAACUUGCUCCGAAUUGGCUCUGUGGUACUGUUGUUGCAUGACUGCUCCGACUACCUGCUGGAGGGUUGUAAGAUGCUCAACUAUGCCCGCUUUCAGCGAGGGUGUGAUAUUCUUUUCAUCAUCUUCGCCAUAAUCUUCUUCUACACGCGGCUCAUAUUCUUCCCCACCCAGGUUAUCUACACUGCUGUGUUUGACUCCAUCAAGAACUCGGGCCCCUUCUUUGGCUACUACUUCUUUAAUGUGCUCCUGGUGAUGCUACAGAUUCUUCAUGUGUACUGGUUCUGCCUCAUCCUGCGCAUGCUCUCCAGUUUCCUGAGGAAGGGUCAGAUGAACAAGGACAUUCGUAGUGAUGUGGAAGAAUCAGACUCCAGUGAUGACGAGGCAGUUUCUGAAGGUCCCCAGCUGAAGAAUGGGAUGGCUCGAGGGUCUGGAACAGCCAUUACCAAUGGACCACGGAGCCGGGCAGCAACAUGCCUGACCAAUGGGCACACCCGGGCCACAUAGACAACCUUGGACUGACAUUGAGGGGUUGCCUCUAGCAUUGUGGAUAUCCAGAUGCUGGGCUGGUAACUCUGGGAGACAGGGAGGCCCUACCUCAAGGUAGGAAGAAGACUGAUGAUUUGUUUCCCAUCUGUUCCUCUCACUUUAUCCCUUUGAGCAACUUGACAGAACCUGGGGGAGCAGUGGACUCUGCAUCUGGCCAGAGCCACCCCCAGGCUGUAGCUUGGGGCUGUGGGGAGUCUUAGCUCCAAGGACCAAUAAACUUCAACAGCGAUGAACUCUCUGCCCCAAAGCUUGAAUUCCCUUCACAGCUCUUCCUGUCUAUUACUUACUCUGUUGACAGGAUUUCUCACUGCCACAUCAAGAUUUAUGUCCACUCUUGACUGUAUAGCACCACAGCGUGAAGAUACUCCCUGCUCCUCAGUUAGUGCCUUCACUUUGUUCUCCUUCAGAGUAGCCCUCCAGGAUACAGGCUGACUUUUGGGAAAAAAAUUAUUAAGCUUAGAUGCAACCUCUUUGUCUGCAGUCGAAGCCAGAGGGUAGAGCAGAAAUCUGUGGUUGUCCUUGUAGUCCCUUGCUUAAAGCAAUCUGCAGCCCGCCUUGGGGUCUUUAUACUCCCUUGGGACAGUGGAGACCUAAGAUUUGGUGUGAGGUCACUGUCUUCAGGAGUGCUAUAGGAAAACAUCCUCUGCCAAGAUGGAGGCUGGGUGACCAGUGCUACUUAACUCAGAAAUCAAAGUCAGAGGAUCCAUGUAUGGUUAGACCAUGCUGUCUUUGGGAAUAUGCAAGAGGAACCGAGUGUCAUGGAAGAAAGAGAAGCAGAGAGUGGGGAGAAGAGGUCAUCUCAGGGGAUAUCCAAAAAUAAAGGCUCUUGGUACAAAGAGCAGAUCCUGGCAUGUGACUCAUGAUUGUCAUUUAACACCAGAGAGGAAGAAGCCAGUAGACUGGAAGAACAUAUAAACCUGGGAUACAAAGCACGGCCCAGUCUCAAACGAUGGGAGUGGGUGUCAAGAAACAAGUACUCCAGAAGAGAAAACUAGACAAACAUCUGAGAUAGAAAUAGCAAAGAAAAGGGUAGAAAAAGGGUGGGUCAAGAAUGGGAGUCACCUCUGGGUGCAGUGCAGGGUGGUGAGAUGAGAUACGGAUUCUUGUCUUCUGGAGAAAUAUGGGAAAAAGGAGAAGAAAUGUGGCUUCUGUUGAGAGAACAACAGUUUAGGAGAAACCGAAAUGACACUGGCAGAGAGAAUGCAUAGAGACUUGUGAAAGAGACAGGAAGACAAAGCAACCAAUAGGAAAGGAAAAGAUGGGGUUGGGAGAAAUAAAGAAAAAAGAAAAAAAGAAAGAGAAAAAUGCUGUAGAUAGUGCAUGGAUGAGAAAACUGGGAAAGAACAGGAAAGGGUAUUUGAGAAGGAAGGCAGAGGGUCACUGACAAGAGAAGCAGCUUCUAGAGAACUUGAAGGAUGGAAACAAGGUGUGGCCACAAGUCUGAAAUCACAGUACUCUGGAGGCUGAGGCAGGAAGAUCAUAAGUUUGAGGCCAGCCUGGGAAGGAGUACCAACCUAGAAAAGAAACAACCACAACCAAAAAUGCAGUUGAAAUGCAUAGAGGUAUGAUGACACAUGGACACAAUGGAUUUUUUUUUCUGUAAAGAAUAAAUCAUGAUAGUUGCAGAAAAAAUGGAUGCAACUGGAAGUCAUGUUUGGUAGAAUAAAAUACACUCAGAC